AUGCUUCAGAUAAAGAGGCUGCGCGACGUCAAGUGCUUUUUAAAAUAUCUAUCGAGCGAAACGUCGUGUAGUAUCGUGCGUCGCGGGUGCCACGGGAUCGGUGAGGAUGUGAUAACGUUGCGAAUCAGGGGGGAGACGCUCAAAUUCCCCCACGUCUGGCUGAGGGACAAUUGCCAGUGCGAGCAGUGCUACCACAAGACGGCGAAGAGCCGGAUACUGGACUGGAACAUGUUCGACGUCAACAGGAGGCCGGUCGAAGUUCGCCAAGACGAGAGCUCCGUGAAUGUGACGUGGGACGACGGUCACUUGUCGCGUUUCAACUCAGACUGGCUCAAGUUCCGAAGCUUCUCCGAGCGCGAUCAGACGGAAUACACGAGGGAACUGUACAGGCCGCCGAAGAGGACGUGGCGGGGCGAGGAGUUCCCAGAGAUCUGCGCGCGGCACGACUACAAAAAGAUCGUGGUCUACGACGAGGCGCUGCACCGGUGGCUCCACGACCUGUCCACGUACGGGGUCACCCUGGUGAGGAACGCGCCAGGCGACGAGAGCGCCCUCGACGCGCUCGUCGGCAGGGUGGGCUUCGCCAAGCGCACCCACUACGGCGUGCGCUUCGUGGUGCAACACGUGCCGGACACCAGCAACGUGGCGUACCAGUCGAGCAACUUGCAGCCGCACACCGACCUGCCGUACUACGAGCACUGCCCCGGCGUCAACCUGCUGCACUGUCUCGUGCAGACAGAGUCGCGCGGCGGCGAGAACACCCUCGCCGACUGCCACUACGUUGCGGAAUACAUGAGGGCCAACCACCCCGAACAAUACGGCCUGCUCGCCGACACCCAAGUGGAGUGGCGCGACGUGGGCGUGGAGAACGGCGAAGAGUUCCACAAACUGUACCGCGCCCCCGUCGUGUGCCUGGACGGGCGCGGCGAGGUGGCCAGGAUCAACUUCUCCGUACCGCAAAGGGGCAGCCACUUCCCCGGGCCGAUAGAGAGAGUCCGGCCCUGGUACGAAGCGCACAGCCUUUUCUACGAGCUCAGCCGAAGAUUCUCGGCUACCUUCAAAGUGGAGCCUGGCGAUAUAUUAGCCUUCGACAACGUAAGACUGCUCCACGGCAGGAACCAGUACGAGGAUCGCGACGGCAACGUGAGGAAACUUGUCGGAGUUUACGUCGACUGGGACGAGAUUUACUCGAGGUUGAGAUGUUUGAAAGUGAAAUUGUACCCCAGAGACUGUUAU